AUGAAGACACAAAAUGUGCCGAUGGAGGUGUUUGUGCGGGAGCGUGUGGAAUACGUUACAGACCAGAGACUUCGUGAGGAAAUUCUCAAUUUGCCGUCCGACACAGCCAUACAGAAAGAAAUGGAAGCUUGGGCGCAAGCUUACGGAGAGCAGAGGGUGGCCACGCUGCGAGACUGGAAGGACUUUGCAGAUCAGAGUAUUGUCUCUCCUAUUACACGGACAAAACUGAAGGCAGCUCUUCAACAGGCGGCGGAGGAGGCAGAGAGGGAAAGGCGGGCAGCCGCGGCACCUGUGGUUUUGGAUGAGAGGGUCUACCGGUUGGUGUUGAGUGCAACGUGGGACUUACGUGGAGUCGGGCCCCUUUGCGGAGCCGCUUGGGAUGAGGGUGGUGGGUGCCGCUUCCAGCAGGCCUCAGAUAUUGUGGAGUGA